ACGGACGUGCAAACUCUGAGUCUUGUGGGGUGCAAACUUUUUGUUAAUAAACGUCAAUUUUCUUUAGCAUAUAAAAUGCUGUGCUCGCAGUGCAAUAAAAAAAUAGUUAACCAUAAAUCUAAAGUCACUUGUGGUGAUUGUAAAUCAGUUUUUCAUUGCUCAUGUGUUAAUCUUGAUUUGUCUGAACUGGAGCAGAUGAAAGCUCAGAACUCAAGUUAUCGUUGUGAUAAGUGUAAUGCUCUUCGACGAAAAUCAUUACAACAUCAAAGUCUUCAGAACUUAAGACCAAAUCCAACAACACCGGCUACAAAAAAUUCUAAAAUAGCCCAACAAAAUGUAGAAAUCGAUACGUCAUCAUCGCAAAAAAAAUGUGGUUCAACCGGCACAUCAGUUACGCUGCAAAUGCUUUACGAAGAAAUUAUAUGCAUAAAAAAAAUUAACUGCGAUUUUCUCAGCACAAUCAAUCAGCUGGAAGAGAAAAAUAAAGAGCUUCAAUCGAAAAUCAAAUCUCUUGAAAACACAAUCAACUGGAGAGAGCAGAAGAUCGUUGAAAAUUUCGUUGAGAUCGUAGGAGUACCUGAUGUCAACAACCAAAAUGUUGGAGAGUGUGUGCAGAAAAUAUUCACUGAUGCUCUGGAUAUAUGUGUACCUUCUACUGAUGUCCAAAAUUGCUAUGUGAAAAGAAUCUGGCUGAACAAUGCAAACACUGGCCCAGCUUCCGAAAAAUCCAGAAAAAACAAAAAAGAGUUCAACGAUAUUAUUUGCGUUCAAUUCUCUUCUCUAGAAGCAAAACAGAAGUGAGGGAACCGAAGACAAUAUUUACAUCAACGACUGUCUUACUGGCUACAACCGUCAUCUGUUUAUGGAGGCAAAAAAAAAGAAAGAUGAGAAAAAAUAUAAGUAUUUAUGGUUUCAAAACUCGCAAAUUUUAAUGAGAAAGAUUGAUAAAGGUAGGGUUGUUGUCAUAAGAUGUUUUGAUGAUUUCACAAAGCUGGAAGACUAAAUGUCUUUCGUUUAAAAUUUUUCAUUUAAACUAUGUUUGAUUUGAAUAAUUAUUUUGAUCUUUUAAGCAACAAUCCAACCUCUAAAACUAUAAUAAGCAUUAGCGAUAGAGUUUUUAAUUGUAAUACCAAUGAAGGCAAUUCAUUUUUUGUUGUGCAUCAGAACAUACGUAGUUUAAGGCAGAACUUUGAUUUAUUGGUGUGUUAUCUGGAUGCUCUUGUUAGAUUACCAGAUUUUAUAUUUUUGUCUGAGAUUUGGAUUUUUGAAUGUGAAAUAGAUGAUUAUUAUAUUCCUGGUUACAAUUUGUGUGCCAACACAAAUGAAACAUAUGCUGCAGGUGGAGUGGGAGUUUUUGUUCGUGAUUCUUUGAAUUAUGAAGAUUAUAAAAUAAAUUGUGUUAAUUUUGUGAGUGCAGAUGUGAUUGAAUUGUUUUGCAAAAUCCGUAAUGAAAAUUUUAAAUUUGUGUGUGUUUAUAGACUACACGCUCAUGAUAUUCAAGUGUUUUUGGAUGAAUUCUCAAUGUUCUUAAGCAAUGAAAAAGCGGGUAAUUUAAUAAUAUUGGGUGACUUUAAUAUCGACAUUUUGAAUCCAGGAACUACAUCUGACUGUUAUCUUGCCUUAACAGCUGAGCAUGGUCUUAAUUCAUUCGUAAAUGGAAUCACAAGACCAAUCUCCAACUCCUG